UCUAUGUCUAAAAUGUGGAUGUUUCUUUUCUUUCCUUUGAUUUACAAAUAGAAUCACCAGAAUGACUCCGGUCGCUUCAAGCACGACAGCAUCAAUCUCUUUCGCCGGCAUAGGAUUUGUAUUUUCAUUUGCAUCCACAUUCCGAGAAUUUGGAAUGCCUAUUGCGAGGCGUAUGGCAAGCAUGGCCGCGCCUGCAGCGGAAUAAACGUCGUCCCGAGCGCUGCUAUUCGCGAUCGUCCAUACGGCGGGUAAUGUUCAUCUCGCGGUAUCCGAUCAUCAUUUCGUCGUAAUGCGGAAUCCGGCGCCGGAACACGCUCAAGCGCGGUGCGACAGUUGAAGCGAGGCGAGGCCGGUUAUCGCGCGCCGCAUGGCGCGAUAAGAUCGUGCGACAAGAUUGUAGUUUGGUCGGAUGGACGCGGCGCGCCGCGUCUACUGCGACACUUAGCGGUACUGGUGUUUUCGUAUUUUGGUAUUCGUUGUCGUCGCCGUCAUCGUGCAACGACCGCUCGACGCGAUGGCGAACACCGGAGUGUUACCGUUCGUGCGAGGCGUAGACUUCAGCAGCAACGACUUCGGCGAUGGCAAAUUUCCUGAAUCCAUGCGUCUUAUGACUGGAAUACAAUGGCUGAAAUUAGACAAAACAAAUUUGACAGAGAUUCCAGAGGAGAUGGGCAAAUUGUUAAAAUUGGAACAUCUGUCACUUGUCAAAAACAAGUUGGAACGUUUGUAUGGAGAAUUGACAGAAUUGGGAUGCCUUAGAACGUUAAACAUAAGGCAUAAUAAUAUCAAGUCUAGUGGUAUACCGGCAGAAUUGUUUCAUUUAGAGGAACUGACAACGUUAGAUUUAAGUCACAACAAUUUGAAGGAGGUACCUGAAGGCCUGGAGAGAGCACGUUCCUUGCUCAAUCUUAAUUUAAGCCAUAAUCAUAUCGAGACUAUACCAAAUACAUUGUUUAUCCAUUUGACGGAUUUAUUGUUCUUGGAUCUUAGUCAUAACAAGUUAGAAACUGUGCCACCACAAACUCGACGAUUGGCCAACUUACAGACUUUAAAUCUGAAUCAUAAUCCUUUAGGUCAUUUUCAAUUAAGACAACUGCCAUCACUGAUGAAUUUAACGACGCUACAAAUGCGGGAUACACAACGAACAUUGAACAAUAUACCCUCUAGUUUAGAAACCCUAACCAAUUUACAAGAACUCGAUUUGUCGCAGAAUAAUCUACCCCGAGUGCCUGACGCGCUUUAUUCCUUAUCGAAUCUUCGUCGUUUAAAUCUCAGUGACAAUCAGAUAACGGAAUUGUCAACGGCGAUCGAACUGUGGACGAAAUUGGAGAUUCUAAAUGUGUCACGAAACAAAUUAAGUGCAAUACCGGCUUCUCUGUGCAAGAUUUCUACAUUAAGAAGAUUAUAUUUAAAUGAUAAUGAAUUAGAUUUUGAGGGCAUACCUUCUGGAAUUGGAAAAUUAUCGUUGCUGCAGGUAUUCUCUGCCGCUAAUAAUCACUUAGAAAUGAUACCAGAAGGGCUAUGCAGAUGUGGCUCGUUAAAACAAUUGAUAUUAACAUCAAAUCGAUUGAUUACCGUUCCGGACGCUAUUCAUCUCCUUACCGAUCUAGAUCAGUUGGAUUUGCGGGACAAUCCAAAUUUAGUGAUGCCACCAAAACCGAUGGAAGCACAAAGGGGAUCGGGCAUCGAAUUUUACAAUAUUGAUUUUUCGUUGCAACAUCAGUUGCGUCUCGCCGGAGCUAACGUACCAGUUCCAGUUCAAACUGCUAACAGCAAAGAUCCAAUCGCGCGUAAAAUGAGAUUAAGAAGAAGGAGAGAUGAAGCUGAUCAGCUAAAUCAGGCUAAAAUACUUAAGGGCAUGAAGGACAUAGCGAAAGAGAAGAACAAAGAUAAGGAAUGCGAGGAAUCGAAAGCAGAAUCCUUAAAACCCAAACGAUGGGACGAAGCUUUAGAGAAGCCACCGCUAGAUUAUUCCGAAUUUUUCGACGAGGAUGCUGGUCAAAUACCCGGGCUAUCCGUCUGGGAGAUAGAAAACUUCCUGCCGAACGAGAUCGAGGAAGUGGCGCACGGCAAGUUUUACGAGGGCGAUUGUUACAUCAUCCUAAAAACCGGGAUAGAUGAAGGUGGAUCGUUGACCUGGGCAAUCUAUUUCUGGAUUGGAGAAAAGGCGACACUGGAUAAAAGAGCGUGCGCGGCGAUUCACGCUGUAAAUUUGAGGAACUACUUAGGCGCACAAUGUCGGACAAUCAGAGAGGAGCAGAGCGAUGAAUCGGACGAAUUCCUGAUGCUAUUCGAUUCGGGUAUCACCUACAUCGAGGGCGGUCGUACGUCGUCCGGUUUUUACACGGUGGAAGACACGCCAGCGAUCACUCGUUUAUACAGAGUACACGCGGCGGGAGCUUCUAUACACUUGGAACCGGUUCCAGUCUGCGUCGAAUCUCUCGAUUCUGGUUACGUAUUUGUUCUCGACACGGGGAGUAAGAUAUUUAUGUGGUAUGGAAAGAAAGCGAAGAGCACGUUAAAGUCGAAGGCGAGACUGAUGGCGGAGAAAAUUAAUAAGAAUGAACGGAAAAAUAAGGCCGAAAUUAUAAUGGAAGUCAUGAACACCGAAUCGGAAGAUUUCCUGUCGCAUUUAGGCGUGAAGGAGCAUGAACAGAAAAAUCUACAAAUUGUUGAACAUGUGGAUCCCAACUUUAUGCCUUUCGUACCUAGAUUGUAUCAAGUCCAACUUGGCAUGGGUUAUCUGGAACUACCGCAGAUCGAGGUUCCUCAUGGAAAAUUAACGAACACCUUGUUAAACAAUCGCAAUGUGUAUAUAUUAGAUUGUUAUUUAGAUGUAUAUGUUUGGUUUGGUAAAAAGUCGACAAGAUUAGUACGCGCCGCUGCUGUGAAGCUGUCUCAAGAAUUAUUCAACAUGAUAGAAAGACCAGAUUACGCGAUGGUAACGAGAUUACAAGAGGGCACCGAAUCACAGAUCUUCAAAUCUAAAUUUACUGGGUGGGACGAAGUUAUUGCUGUGGACUUCACAAGAACCGCUGAGUCAGUCGCUAAAACUGGAGCAGAUCUCACUAAAUGGGCUAAGCAACAGGAAACAAAAGCGGAUUUGGCUGCUUUGUUUAUGCCGCGGCAGCCAUUGAUGUCGGCUGCGGAAGCGCAUCAACUAAUGACAGAGUGGAAUGACGAUUUGGAGGGAAUGGAAGCGUUGGUGUUGGAGGGGAAAAAAUUCGUACGCUUACCGGAAGAGGAAUUAGGACAUUUUUACAGCGCGGAUUGUUACGUUUUCUUAUGUCGAUAUUGGAUGCCAUUGGAUAUAACGGAGAAUGAAGACGGCGAGGAGCAAGAUGAAGACGAUUAUCAGUGUACAGUGUACUUUUGGCAAGGCAGAGAUGCAGGAAACAUGGGAUGGCUGACUUUCACAUUUAGCUUGCAAAAGAAAUUUAAAUCGCUGUUCGGCGAAAAUCUGGAGGUUGUGAGGACACAUCAGCAACAAGAAAAUCUAAAGUUCAUGAGUUACUUCAAACGGAAAUUCAUCAUUCAUCAAGGCAAACGUAAGCAGCCGAAAACUGCGGGCAAUAACAAAGUGGAGUUUUAUCAUUUGCGAAGUAACGGCAGUGCCUUAUGUUCUCGGCUCAUUCAAAUAUCGGCAGAUUCGACGUUAUUGAAUUCUGCUUUCUGUUACCUCUUAAAUGUGCCAUUCAAUAAUUCUGACGAAGGAACUGGUAUCGUGUAUGCGUGGAUUGGAUCGAAAUCUGAUCCCGAAGAUGCUCGUUUAAUUGGAGAAAUAGCAGAGAAAAUGUUCAAUAAUCCGUGGAUAAGCCUGCAAGUGCUAAAUGAAGGCGAGGAACCAGAUAACUUCUUUUGGGUGGCACUUGGAGGGAAGAAACCAUAUGACACUGAUGCGGAGUUUAUGAAUUACACAAGACUAUUUAGAUGUUCCAAUGAGAAAGGAUACUUUACAAUCAGCGAAAAGUGCACUGAUUUUUGUCAGGAUGAUUUGGCAGAUGAUGAUAUAAUGAUCCUUGAUAAUGGAGAACAAGUGUUUCUUUGGUUAGGUACUCGUUGUUCAGAAGUUGAAAUCAAAUUAGCUUACAAGUCAGCUCAGGUAUACAUUCAACACUUGCGCGUGAAGCAACCUGAAAACCCUCGUAAAUUAUUUUUAACUGCCAAAGGUAAGGAAUCCAAAAGGUUCACGAAAUGCUUUCACGGUUGGAGUUUACACAAAAAGUCGCCACAGUAAAAUCGAGUCAGUUUUCACUACGCUUACUGUUCGGAAUAGUUUUAUAUGCAGGCAGAAAUAGACACAAGCGCAACAUUCUUAUAUUUACAGGUUUAUAAUUAUCGCGAUCUUGUUAAUACACUUUGCGUACCGACUAAAUAGAAGUCAAAUCAUCGCAAUAAUCUGUGUAUCUUCGAUGCAAGCGAUUUAGAUCAGAAAACGCGAUAAUUUUUCAUUAAAUAACAACGGAUCUAACUCGUAAAGUCUACAUUUUUGCGUUUGCUUUUUUGCUUUUGACUCAUUAAAUAAUUAUUCACUGGCUUUUUUCCUAAGUACAUGUUAUUACGCAUUAAUCUGCUUGAUGUAUAUAAUUUAAUCAAAAAAAUGUUUUUUUAUUAAUACGGGCACUUUUUCAAGUUAGUCUCAUUUCUUAAUUUAUUCGGAUACAAGUAUAAAAAAAUUGUCUCUUUGUACUUGCAUUCUGGAAUUCAAUAUUCUCUGUGAUGCGAUUCUCUUGUAUUUUAUUUUACACCACAAAAAGAGACUCGUCUGCUUUAAUCGUUACAAUCCGCGUUCUAUGUAUUGAACAAGAUUUAUUUAUUUAUUUAUACACAUAUGUAUUUCCAUAUUUAUGAACUUUCAUACUGAUUAGACUGUGUAUCUACUUUUAUUUCUUGCAAUUUUGUAUUUCAGACAAUGUAAUUGUAAAAAUUUUUAAAAAUUAUUCAAAUUGUGAUACAAGUUUUUAUCGUUGAAUUAUAAUAUCAAAGAAAAGUUUUUUCUUCUUUGAAAAAUGUCAAUUCUUUUAAGAAGCAUAGAUUGAUUGUCUUUAUAGGAUAAUUCUGAGCAGAUUGUUGAAAAUCUAUCAACAAAUUACAAAACUUGUGACUAUUAAAGACUGAAAAAGAUACAUGUAAUUAUAAUCGCAUAUACGUCUGAUUUUAUAACACCGCCCGAUUGUACAGAUGCCAUAAUGAGAGCGUUUUGUAUUACUUACACUGUAUUUAACAUAAAUCAAUUUAUUUAUGGAUAUAAUAUAUAGAUUUAUAAAUACAUAGAUUUUGUAAAAGCUCUAUCUAAUUAUCAACAAUUAUAUAAAUAAAUAUUUCUAUGAUAAUUUA